AUGGAUGUUUUCCCAGCACUAUCAGGAUGCCUACGAGAUAGAGUGUGGUCCAAUCCGUACAUGCGCAAGGAUAGCAAAAUUAGAAUCUACAAGACUUGUAUCAGACCCAUCAUGACGUACGGCACGGAAGUCCGCGAAGACACCAACAAGACGAAACAAAUGCUAAGGGUAGCAGAGAUAAAAACCCUGAGGACAAUAGUGGGGAAAACAAGAAGAGACAGAGUAAGAAACACAGAUGUCAGAGAGCAGUACGGGAUACAAGAUAUUGUGAGAUGGAGAAGACAACGUAAGAGGCAGUGGUACAACCAUGUGAGACGGAUGGACGAUAACAGACUUCCGAGAAUAGUCCUGGAAAACAACCCGCCCGGCCCAAGACCUCCAGGGAGACCCCCUAAAAGGUGGAAAGAUAGUUGGCAAUCCACCUCACAGGAAAAGAUGCAGAGGCAGCUUCAGAAUUAA